AUGGAUAAGGAACUUAAAUCCAAGUGGUCCUGUCCAGGUUGUCGCGUUAAAGUAAAGAAAGGCGACAAUACCAACACCCCUAUACAGCCGAAAACUCUCGAGCAGCGCACUUGUAGCGAGGCAGGCGUCUCUGCUGACUAUUAUAUGGACAGUGACGCUUUUGACAAUGUGACACAACGAAAAAAAUUAAGCUCCAACCAGUCAUCUCUUUCUAUUGAGCCGGAGCUACUGAGCGUGAUUAGAUCGGAAAUACAGUCCUCGAUUCGCGGUUCAUUGAGGUCGGCAGUGGAGUUGGCACUCGGCUCGGAUAUCUCUGCCAUCAAAGAUGAGUUGCGUAUUUUGCAGGACCUUAAAACCAGUAUCGAUUUCUUAAGCAGCGAAUAUGAUCGUAUGAAGUCGGACAUUCAGUCGUCGGAGGAAAAAAUCAGAAACUUAUCCAAAGACAAUACUACUCUAAAAAGCAAGGUAGAUGAACUUUCUGGUAGACUGAAUCUACUCGUGCAACACGCACGUGAAACAAAUGUCGAAAUAAAUGGAAUCCCCGAGCACAAGUCUGAAAAUCUUGUCUCCGUAUUUAAGCAAUUAAGUUCUGCGGUUUCAAGGCCCAUUGCUGAUACUAAUAUUCUGUCUUGCACGCGGGUUCGGAAGAUGGAUGAUUACAGUCAAAGGCCACGCGCUAUUGUAGUGAAGCUCCCUGGCACUGCAAUACGUGACGAAAUCCUGGCUGCUGUUGCCAAAUUUAAUAAAGCAACUCCAUCUGAAAAGCUUCACUCUGGACACCUCGGCUAUGGUGGAAAAAAGUCGCCGAUAUUUGUAUCAGAACACCUGGCUCCAUAUUACAAAGCACUUCACACUCGUACGAGACAUGUUGCCCGAGAUAAGGAUUAUAAAUACGUAUGGAUUCGCAACGGCCGUAUCUUCGUUCGGAAAAAUGAUCAGUCUCCUGCUAAACAAAUCAAGUCGUAUGAAAACCUGAAUAACCUGUAA